UUGCGCGCGCGGGGAGGAAAGCUCCCAUUUCUUGGCCGGGGGCAGCAGCGCCGAAAACCCGCAAGGGAUGGGGUUGCGGUGCCCACCUGCCUGAUUGUCGUUAUUGCUUUAAACCCAGACAAAACUUUGCUUUCAGAAGCACGGAAAACUUUCAGCGCCCUGAGACGCUGUGGAAGAGGAUCACAGUUUGUUGGAAAGAACAUGCAGUCACUGUCAAGGAUUGGCGACAAGAUCCUUGCUCACCAUGGGGGCAUUGCCAGUCUUCCUCCUACUCCUAUGGACUGUAAAAGGAGUUGCACCCUCACAUCCUCAUGGGAAGCCAACUUGGCCAACCUACAAGGUACCCGUUGUUCUACCCCAAUUAACAAUUCAUUUGGACAAACCACACUUCGAUGCAGAAGCCAAACUGGAAGUGGUCUCUUCAUGUGGUCCAUCUUGCCACAAACGUUCCCCACUCCCAACGUAUGAACAGGUGAAAGAUUAUUUGUCCUAUGAGACGUUGUACUCGAAUGGUUCCCGCACCGAGACAGAAGUUGGCAUCUACAUUGUUAACAGGGUCAAUGCAGGUGGACAGAGCCGAUCGCGGACAAAGAGGCAAAUCUACGGCUAUGACACGAGGUUUAGUAUUUUUGGCAAGGACUUCUUGCUGAAUUACCCUUUUUCUACUUCCGUGAAGUUGUCCACAGGAUGCACUGGAACGUUAGUGGCUGAAAAACAUGUCCUGACAGCUGCUCAUUGCAUCCACGAUGGCAAAAGUUAUGUCAAGGGAGCCAAGAAGCUACGGGUUGGGUUCCUGAGACCCAAGCCGAAAGAUGGCCUCAAAAGGACCAACAACAGUAACUCCCUUGAGCCUGAGAAAAUGAAAUUCCAGUGGAUUCGGGUGAAACGGACACAUGUUCCCAAAGGAUGGAUAAAAGGGAAUGCCAAUGACAUUGGCAUGGAUUAUGACUAUGCCCUGCUGGAGCUCAAGAAACCCCAUAAGCGAAAGUUCAUGAACAUAGGAGUGAGUCCAACAGCAAGUCAGCUGCCCAGAGGAAGAAUUCAUUUCUCGGGCUAUGACAAUGAUCGGCCUGGAAACUUGGUUUACCGGUUCUGUGAUGUCAAAGAUGAAACCUACGAUCUCUUGUAUCAGCAGUGUGACGCCCAGCCAGGGGCCAGUGGUUCUGGAGUGUAUGUGAGGAUGUGGAAGAGACAGAACCACAAAUGGGAGCGUAAAAUUAUUGGGAUAUUUUCUGGGCACCAGUGGGUGGACACCAACGGUUCCCCCCAGGAUUACAAUGUGGCCGUUCGUAUCACGCCCCUCAAAUACGCACAGAUUUGUUUUUGGAUCACGGGCAACUACCAGCAGUGUAGAGAUGGAUAGAUCCAAUCUAUGUCCCAGAAAGGCUUCAGUGGCUUGCUGGGGAGGGGAAGGGAAGGGGUGGUGUUGGUGGAAAGCAUAUGCCUGACUGCUCUAUGGGCACAGUUCUGUUUUUAGAAAUGCCAGGGUGCAGGAGUUGACAGGGCGCUCAACCCGGUUAAUGUUUGUCAGUAAGCACGGUGUCCAUGCCAUGGCACAGAUCCUAUACCUUUGCUUACUUUUUGCCUUAGGAUAAGCAAUAGGAUACCCAUGUAAAACGGUUGGGACCGAAGCAAAUUAUCUGCAUCUCCCUUUUACAGCCUGUUUUAGGAUGGGCCAUCAUUCGCCAAUGGAGACGCUGAUUGGCUGGCUCUCACGUCAUUCAUGAAGCACAGUGUUGGCUAGGUCUAAUAGGAGGAUAACUGAAGGGAGCCACAGGCAUCCAUUCUCAACUCCGGUGAUGCCAAAACAGCAAAUGAUGGGUUGUGACAUUACAGUACAAGCUCUUCCCUUUUGGAUGUGUGUUGUGACAUCAGUCACCAGCAUAUAAGGGAUUAAUUUACUUUGGGAUGUCAUGACACAUUUUUUCAUCAUUUCCCUUUCCCCUGGGGUUGGAGAUUUCCCAUGGUGGUCUUUCUUCUCCUUCUCCUUCUCCUUCUCCUUCUCCUUCUCCUUCUCCUUCUCCUUCUCCUUCUCCUUCUCCUUCUCC